UUCCCCUUGCGCCCUUCCUGGCCCUCGCGCCCGCAGCGGGCACAAAGUAACCCCGGGGCCGUUCGAAACCGCAAAGAUGCCAGCCCCUCUGGAGACCUGCCUCUCCGACCUCGACUGCGCCAGCAACAACAGCAGCAGCGAUCUGUCCGGCUUCCUCACCGACGAGGAGGAUUGUACCAGCCUCCAAUUGCCUGUCUCCGCCUCCGGGCCGCCCGCGCCGGCCCGCAGGGGCGCGCCUGGGAUCUCUGGGGCGUCAGAUGUUCCAGGGGCGCAGGACGAGGAGCAGGAGCGGCGGCGGCGUAGAGGCCGUGGGCGAGUGCGCUCUGAGGCGCUGCUGCAUUCACUGCGCAGGAGCCGGCGGGUCAAGGCCAAUGAUCGCGAGCGCAACCGCAUGCACAACUUGAACGCGGCACUGGACGCGCUGCGUAGCGUGCUGCCCUCCUUCCCCGAUGACACCAAGCUCACGAAGAUCGAGACGCUGCGCUUCGCCUACAACUACAUCUGGGCUCUGGCGGAGACACUGCGCCUGGCGGAUCAAGGACUGCCCGGGGGCGGUGCCCGGGAGCGCCUCCUGCCUCCUCAGUGCGCCCCCUGCCUGCCCGGACCCCCGAGCCCUGCCAGCGAUGCCGAGUCCUGGGGCUCGGGUGCCGCGGCCUCCCCAUGCGCCGCUGCCACCUCACCACUCUCUGACCCCAGUAGCCCCGCUGCCUCUGAAGACUUCGCAUAUGGCCCCGGAGAUCCCCUUUUCUCCUUCCCCGGCCUGCCCAAAGACUUGCUCCACACGACGCCGUGUUUCAUUCCUUACCACUAG